CCAUUCUCAUCCAACCAAGCAACCGUACAGACCUCUCUCCACUCUUUGGCAGGUGAAUCGUGAGGCGAAUCAUGGCGCGCAAGAAGAAAAACGCCGCCCAGACAGAAAUCAUCGCGCCGGCCAGCGACCCCUCGACAUCCACGCCCACGCCCACGCCCUCGUCCAGCUCGCACGCCGCGGGUGUGUCCGGCGAGCCUUCGACGUCGGCCCUCAUCAUCUGUCGCAACAAGCACUGGCGCUACAUUUCCUCCUUCCACGGCCCCUGGCUGCAGCUACCCCCCGAAGUCCUCGAGUCGCUCGCCCACAGCAACUACCUCUCCCCGCGCCCCCACCCCAUCGACCCCGCCGUUUUCUACGAUCUCGUCAAGAUCCGCAAAGCCGUCGAUGAGGCUACCAACCUCGCCGUGCGCGCCACCAGCGGCCUCACCUCCCAGGCCCUGAGCAACUCGCUCAAUGCUGGCAAUGGCAUGCUGGGCAACGCCGCCGCCCUGGGUAUAGGCUACGGGGGAGGCGGAGGGAACACAAAGCUGAGCAGGGAGCGAAAGCAUCGCAUGCGCGAACUGGCCACGGCCAAAUUGAGUCAGGCAUACCAUCUGGACGAGAUCGCCGCCAGCGUGGCUACCAUGCAGUCAGCAUCGACCUUGGAGGAUGUCGCCCAUUUUGUCUUGCAGAGGAACCCCAAUCACAUCGAUGCCAAGUAUGUGCACUUUUUUCACGAGAAGAUACCUUCGCGCAUGAUGGCCCAGUGCACCCCAUUGGAUACAUUGAAUCAGAUAAUAUCAGAAAACCCCAACGAUGGCUCCCCAAGGCGGACCCGCGCCCUGACCCGUAUAUUCAAGGAGGACUAUGUCAAUUCGGCCCAGGACCUGACUGAUGCGUUACGCAACGCACGAUACAACAAUGCACAACAUCGCGCGGGGAACGAUCAAUUGGUUUUGGCGAGAUCCAUGCAGGAGCAGCAUGGCCGGGAUUGGAGACAGGAGGUCAAGAUCCCGGAAGAAGACCAACCGAAUUCCCUCGAAACCCAAUUGCUCUUCCAUCGCGCCGGAGUCUAUUUUACCAUAGCCUGCCAGCAUGUCCACGCGGCUCUAGACGGGUUGCGAGAAGAAGAAGAAGCAAAAGCAAAGAGAGACGCUCAAGCCGCAGCUGGCGAAGAACAAGCGUCGGAAAGCCAGGAAGAGCUGGAGGGGAACCGACGUCGCGCUGAAGCCCGCAAGCAAGUCCGUCAAAAUGCAAAACGCGCUUUGCGCGAUUACACUGCCUUCCUCAGCCAUUUCGAUUACACUCCGGGUAUCUCCGCCGAGGUGGCUGAGGAGUUUCUCCGUCGUAUGGGCGGCACAUCCAACGGCGCCUACAACAGCACCAAAGACAGCCUCAAGCAACCCUUAAACCGUCUUCUCGACUCUUCGGCAUCUACUUCUUCCUCCGCCAACUCUUCUCCAAUUUCGGAAGCUCUUGUGCCCCAUCGCGGCCAACGUGGAAGUCACGCAGACCGAUCAGCGUGGCCGAAACUCCCGCCACCAGACAUCUUCAAGGUAUCGCAGCUCUUCGACUCGGUGCCUCCAGCUUCCCUACCCCCUUACCCACCGCCGACUACGACAACUGCGGCCGAAUCUGCAGCCUCCGCAGCAGCUGCCGCCUUCGCCGACUCCCACGAGAGUAUCACGUACCACCCGCUUCUCACCGAUGCUCUGCACUCGUUGCUUCUCUGUCACGCUCUCGUGCAAACAACCCCCAAGGAACUCCAGCGCCACGCUCACAACGCCGCACGCAUCGCCCGCGUCUGCGAUGGCUACCCCAUUUUCCUAGCAGCACGCAGCCCCGCGCGCGCCGACUGGAUCGAAGUGAUCCGUCGAGCGGGCAAUUGGGUCGGACUCACAACAUCCUGGGAAAACUUGUGUCGCCCCGCUCCUCUUCCUGGUCAAGGCAAAAACGGGGGAUUCGACGGCAGCAAUGGCGGACCCGGUGGUCCCAAAAAUGAAGCCACCCGUCAAGAAACAGAAACCCAAAAGCGCGAACGCCAGAAACACGAAGCGAUUCUCGAAGCGCUCGCAGACGAGCGCGUCGUAGAUGAGGAAAGCUUCCAACGUGCUGUCCGCGCGCGCGAGCGCCGAUUCCGUGAGGACGAAGAGGCAGAGUCUCGUGCUGCCGCCGCCGCCGCUUCAUCUUCCUCGUCCACCGCGACUACCAGUUCAACAUCGACCUCGAACACAUCAGCGACAGCUACGAACGGAACUACGCAUCCGUCUUCCCCCACCUCGUCCCCUAUCCCCGCGGCUCCGAAACGAUGGGCCCAGGACGAUGGCCGCGAGUACCCCAUCUCGACGGAGCGCGCCGAAGCCAUCUCACGCUGGGUCCGUGACGCGCCGCCUGUCAAUGAAGGUAGUGCCGGUGGACGCGGGAAGAAGCGUAGACCUAGACAUGGCAAGGGCGGUGUGAAGAAAUCCAGCUCUCACGCUUCUUCGUCCACAGCUGGCGGUAAGGCUGCGGUAAACGGGACUGCAGAAGCAGUUUCUGGGUUGGGAAAGAGCGUUGAAGGGUUGACGGUCGGCGAGGGCGAGGAACUCGAGUAG